AAACCCCCAAGUGGGACUGGUGGGGUGGGGACACCUUUGUGCUGGAAACUUCAGCACGUCCACCUGAAGCUUCUCAGGGGAAGACGCCUGGUUGUGGCAGGUUGGAGGAUUCCCAGCCCGGAAGAAACUGGGGUUAGGAGCUAAGGUAAGGUCCCUGGGACUUGAAUGAGAGUCUCCAGUGGGUGAGGGCCCCACCCUCCAGGCUGGCCGCCCUGAAAUGAGAGCUGGUAAUGCUGAAUACUUAAGCUUAGCAUAUGCCAAGUGCUGUUCUAAGCGUUUUACUUCUAGCAACGGUUUUAAUUCUCUAUAAGAACCCUAUGAGACAGGUGCUAUUAUCCCAUUUUACAGAUGGGAAAGAGGGCGGGAAGAUAGCAGACGUGGGACAAGAAUCCACGCAGUCUGGCUCCGUCCUCGCUCUAGCCAUCUUGAGGCCUUGUGGCCUCUCUGAUAAUGGGCCAGGAGCUGGACUGGGGUUGGUGGGUAGAUUCCCCUUUUCCGAAGGGGUGUGGGGAUCCUAUGCCCCCACAUCCACUGUUUCCUUCUUCUGCCCCGUUUCCUGGAAAGUGCGGCAGCAGCGCUGUGGCCGGAAGUCCUGCGGUCACAGCCCCCCAGGCUGUAGGCCCCGCAGCAGGAUGAGGCCCCUCCGCCUCCUACGGACGGCCGCGCUGCUCCUGGCCCUGGCGCCGCCGCGGGAGGCCUCCCGGCACUGCGGCCUCCUGGAGUACUGGAACCCUGACAACCAGUGCUGCGGAAGCUGCCUGCAGCGCUUCGGGCCGCCCCCCAGCCCGGACCUCGAGUUUUCGGAAAACUGUGGCCUCAAUGACUUUGGCGAUCACGUAACGCCCCCCUUCAAAGAGUGUCCUCCUGGGCAGUGCAACCCCGACAGCGCGGAGCUGUGUAGCCCCUGUGGCGGCGGAGCCACGGCUCCUACUCCCGCCGGGAGGCGCGGUGGAACCCGGCUGCGCUGCAGAGAGAAGCCCGUCCCUACCAAGGAGCUCUGCCGUCCGAGCGUCCUUAGCUCCCAGGAGCCCAGCUCACCGGCGACUUCCAGUCUCCCGGGGACAUCUGAGCGCAACGUCCCUCAGCAGGCCUUGCCGAGUUUUGCCCUGCCCCUGGUGCUGGUUCUGCUCCUGACCUCCACAGUGAUGCUCCUACUCGCCCUGCGAAGGCACUGCCGCCGCCGCGGACAGGGGAAAGCCGGCCUCCACACCUAUCCUGCCUCGGCUUGCGGAGAUCCCAAUACCCAGGGCCUCACCUCCUUGGAGUCGUCUUCUCCAGGCUCCCUGGAGGCAUCUGAGGCGGGGCACUCAUGGAAGGAGGUCUCCCUACUUCCACUCCUGGGCAGGGAGUUCCCGAGUCUGGCAUCGCAGCCCCUGUCUCGCCUCCUGGAUGAGCUGGAGGUGCUGGAAGAGCUGAUUGUGCUGCUGGAUCCGGAGCCUGGGCCAGGUGGGGCGAUAGCCUGUGGCACCACUCGACACCUGGCUGCAAGAUAUGGCCUGCCUGCUGCCUGGUCCACCUUUGCCUACUCUCUGCGACCCAGUCGCUCACCUCUGCGGGCCCUGAUCGAGAUGGUGGUGGCAAGGGAGCCCUCUGCCUCUCUGGGCCAGCUUGGCACACACCUGGCCCAGCUAGGGCGGGCAGAUGCUCUGAGGGUGCUGUCCAAGCUUGGCUGAUAUGAGGUUUGCCUGGCUAGUACUCAACAAAAGUAAAGUUUCUGUUGAAAUAAG